CACUCCCAAUGAUGACCAACAACACAGUUUCCAAACCUGAAUUUCUCUUCUCAUCUUCUCCAACACACCAAAUCAUCACAAACUUUGCUUCUUCUGCUAGUCCUGAUGGAAAUUACAGUCAAAAUCCCCGAAAGAAACGGUCAAAGACGAUCAAGAUUUAUCCCAGUUCUAGUCCAUCAUGUUCCGCAAGCGUUUCCAAGCCAAAAUAUGCCAAGAAACCUGAACCUGGUGCACCAAAAAUCACCAGGCCUUGCAGUGAGUGUGGGAAGAAGUUUUGGUCCUGGAAGGCACUUUUUGGGCACAUGAGGUGCCACCCCGAGCGCCAGUGGCGUGGCAUUAACCCUCCACCGAACUUCCACCGCCCAAUUGCGCCUGUUCAAGACAUACACGACGGUGAUAGCACAAUGACAGUGGCUGAACAUGAAGUUGCAGCAUGUCUUUUGACGUUGGCUAAUGGUGACCAGGGUUAUCAAUGUGGCACUUCUAGUUCUCCACGGGAGCAUCUUUUCCAAGACAGUGAUAUCACCAUGGGAAGUUUGAGUUGCACAAGGUUCGAAUGCAAUAGUUGCAAGAAAGUGUUUGGAUCCCGCCAGGCUUUAGGUGGACACAGGGCGAGCCAUAAGAAUGUAAAGGGGUGUUUCGCUAUAACCAGAAGCGAUGGAUAUGAGAUUGAUCAGGAUCAGAUUGCAGAGGAUGAACACAAGAAGAUGAUGGUGUAUUUGGGGCACAAGUGUAGCAUUUGUUUGAGGGUGUUCUCAAGUGGACAGGCACUGGGUGGACACAAGAGGUGCCACUGGGAGAAAGGUGAUGAUCCAUCACAAAACCAAGGCCUCAAUAAUCUUUUGGACCUCAAUCUGCCUGCCCCAGUUGAAGAUGAUUCUGCCUCCUCUUCUUAUUCUUCAGGCCUCACUCUAGACUUGAGAUUGGGCCUCUGAAGAGAUUGAUUCAUUUGCUAAUUGGUAUGUGACUCUCAAGAUAAACAAUAUUAGUACAUCUCUACAAGAUAUUAUGUCCAUGCAUCAUGUAUAACUAUGUAUUAAAUGUUUGACUUACAAUCAAAGCAUUGUUACUUGCUGGCCCCAUAAUUGAGAGGCCAAAACAUAGCUGUAACUUGUGAUGACUUAAUAAACCGCAAAC